CAUCCAGGAGGAAGGAUGGAGAUAGAAAAGAACCCGAGAAAUUCGGAAACCGGCCGUUUUCUAUCCUCCAUUUUGUCAUCACUGUCGCCACCAUUUUCAUCAUCAUCGACGAUGACAAUCCUCCUGGUGUUGUUGUUGUUGUUCUUUAACGUCUUCGAAUCAUGCUCCGCCGUGAGCGGCGCCGUUUCCUUCACUCCGGAAGACAACAUCCUCAUCGACUGUGGUGCGGGUUCGCGGCCGGAGCUUCCCGAUGGGAGAGAAUUCAAGACAGAUAAAGAAGCUUCCGACUACUUGAAAACCAAGAAUGAUGUUCGAGUAUCUGUCUCGGCUCAUGUUCCUUCACCUAUAUACUUGAACGCCAAGGUUUUCCCUGAAGAAGCAACGUAUUCGUUCUCCUUGAAACGACCCGGUUACCAUUGGGUACGCCUCCAUUUCUUCGCGUUGAAAGAUAACCGGUACGAUCUCCGGCGAUCGACAUUCUCGGUGACGGCGAAUCGGUAUGCUCUGCUGCACAACUUCAAGAUCAAUAAUAACUCGAUUCCGAUCCUCAAGGAGUACUUGUUGAACAUGACUGAUCCUACGUUUACUCUCAAGUUUGAGCCUAUGAAUAAUUCGUUCGCUUUUAUAAACGCGAUCGAGGUCGUUUCUGCGCCUGAUAGCUUGAUCGCCGACGAAGGGACUUCCCUUCUUUCUGUCGACAGGUUUUCCGGUUUAACAGGGCAUGGAUACCAGGUUGUGUACAGGGUGAACAUGGGGGGACCUUUGAUCACUUCGAAGAAUGAUACACUUGGAAGGACAUGGAUACCCGAUGCUGCUUUUCUCGAAGACAAGAAUUUAGCCAAGGAAGCCUCGACCUCGGUGAAUUCGAUCAGAUACCCCUUGGCUGUCACGCCAUUGAUCGCACCGGCAAUUGUUUAUUCAACUCUUACCGAGAUGGCUGAUGUGCACGUCCCGGCCAAUGUCUCAUGGAAAUUUGACGUUGAUAAAGCUUUUGAUUAUUUGCUUAGGUUGCAUUUUUGUGACAUUGUUAGCAAGGCACUCAAUGAUCUGUAUUUCAAUGUUUACAUUAAUGCUAAGAUGGCGAUUUCCGGGUUGGACUUGUCAAGCUUAAGCGGCAGUAGGUUGGCCGUCCCGUAUUACAAAGAUAUCGUCGUGAACGCUUCGUUCUUGGGGGAUGGAAUAAAGGUUCAGGUCGGUCCAUUGAAUCACAUUAACUGGAAGAGUAAUGCGAUCCUUAAUGGCUUGGAGGUGAUGAAAAUGAGCAACUCGGCCGAUAGUUUGGAUGGGGAGCACGGUGUUGUCGGCGGAGGGUCCGAACUGUCCCACAAUGACACGGUGAUUGUAAUCGGCUUCGCGAUGGCGUUGGGUGCCUUUGUGGGUCUCGGUGCAAUGGUCUAUAAAUGGAGGAAGAGACCCCAAGAUUGGCACAAGAGGAAUAGUUUUUCUAAUUGGUUGCUCCCACUCCAUGUAGGACAUAAUAAUAUCCCCUUGAACAAGGGCAGUGGUUCUCAGAAGAGCAACCUUUGCUCCGGCUUAGGUCGACGUUUCACUUUGGCAGAGCUGCAAGAAGCAACCAAUAACUUUGAUUCGAGUGCGAUAAUCGGUGUUGGUGGAUUCGGCAAUGUCUAUUUAGGUACCAUCGGUGAGGGGACUCGAGUUGCUGUGAAGAGAGGGAACCCACAAUCUGAACAAGGUAUCAAUGAGUUCCAGACAGAACUCCAGAUGCUGUCGAAGUUAAGGCACAGGCACUUGGUGUCACUGAUUGGUUACUGCAAGGAGAACGACGAAAUGAUCCUAGUUUACGAGUACAUGUCGAAUGGACCUUACAGGGAUCACUUGUACGGAAAGAACUUGCCACCAUUAUCGUGGAAGCAAAGGCUGCAGAUUUGUAUCGGAGCCGCUCGUGGACUUCACUACCUUCACACCGGUACCGCACAAGGGAUCAUUCACCGUGAUGUUAAGACCACCAAUAUUUUGCUCGAUGAUGCCUUUGUGGCCAAGGUAGCUGAUUUCGGUUUGUCAAAAGACACACCCAUGGGACAGACUCAUAUUAGCACCGCAGUGAAAGGUAGCUUCGGGUACUUGGACCCCGAAUACUUCAGAAGCCAACAAUUGACAGAAAAAUCCGACGUCUACUCAUUCGGGGUAGUUUUGCUUGAAACCUUGUGUGCAAGGCCUGCCAUUAACCCACAAUUGCCAAGAGAGCAGGUUAACUUGGCUGACUGGGCAAGGCAAUGGAAGAGGAAGGGUUUGCUCGAAAAGGUUGUCGAUCCUCAUAUAGCAGGUUCCAUCAAUCCGGAAUCAAUGAAGAAGUUCGCCAACGCCGCUGAGAAAUGCUUGGCCGAAGACGGCGUCGACAGACCUUCGAUGGGGGAUGUUUUGUGGAACUUGGAGUACGCCUUGCAACUGCAAGAAGCAUUCACAGAAGGCAAGAUGGAGGACGAGAGCAAGCCAUCGGAAGCCAGCACCGCUUCUCAACCCUCUAUCUUGGUGUCAUCCGCAAGUCCUCCAAUCGAUAACAACCAGGAAGACAACAAGGGUCCAGGUGAAGUUCAAGCCAUUGAUGAUCACUCAGAAAAUGCAAUGUUUGCACAAUUUCAAAGCCUGAAUGGCAGGUAAAACAGUAGACA